AACUGUGAGAGACGGAAUCUAAAACAAAAAUCCAGAAAAUCACAUUGUAUUAAUUUGCAUUUUAUUGCAUGACAUAAGUAUUUGAUCACCUACCAACCAGUAAGAAUUCUGGCUCUCACAGACCUGUUAGUUUUUCUUUAAGAAGCCCUCCUGUUCUCCACUCAUUAGCUGUAUUAACUGCACCCGUUUGAACUUGUUACCUGUAUAAAAGACACCUGUCCACAACCUCAAAGGUCAGUUUAGGAAGGAAGAGGUGGUGUUUGCUCGGUUGCACCUAGGACAUUGUACAUUUAAAGUGUCAUUACAUUUGGUUGGCAAGCAUGUGAAUGGUUUCUGUACGGCCGGUGUAUAUAGUUGAUGAAACUAUGGAGCAUGUGCUAUUGUAUUGUUGUAUGGGGAAGAGAGUGAAAGAUUAAUGUGUAGGGUUAUUGAGGUUGGAAGGGUUGGUUAGAAGUUAGUAGGGCUCUUUUUUAUUUUCUUAGUAGUGCAGUAUCGGGUAGGAGUAGGAGGGUUAGGUUUUCUUAAAGGCCCAGUGCAGUCAACAACGCAAUUUUCCUGUUUUUAUAUAUAUUUCUACAGAAUGAGGUUGGAAUAAUACUGAGAAAGCGUGAAAAUGACAAUGCCCCUUUAGUGUAAGAGCUGUUUGAAAGGACCACCUGAAAUUUCAGCCUGUUUUGGUCUGCCUGGUGACAUUACCAGGCAGUAAAUUAGUUAAUAGGUCUAUAAGAAAGAGUUCCAAACCUCUCUGUCAAUAACAGCUAGUUUUCAGUUUUCCCCUCCCCACUCAGACCACUCCAAAACAGUCCUAUCAAAAUUCUUUGUUGAGAUAUGUCUUUGUGCAGAAGCUAUUUUUGUUUCUAUUUGACUAUUUUAAUUGAAAAACAAUCACACUUAAUUGUUACCCAGAAAUGAUUUGAUAUUGUCAUAAAAAGGCUGCAUUUGGACAUUUAAUGUUUCGUUCAAUUCUUAUAUCUGUGAUUGACUUUACAACCGGGUACAGUAGGUGGCGGCAUGUACCUCUUAACGUUUGUUUGCGGCCCACUAUUAUAUUAGAGAUGAAGAAGAAUCCCAGCGCUCUGGACGUCACUAGUUACCACAGACACAAAGUCAUAAACCCCGCAUAUUUCUAGUUUCUCUUCUUAAAAUGGGAUUUUAACCCUAACUAUACUCACAUAUUUCUAGCCUUACGCCUAACCUGGAAUUAAGACCAAAGAGCAAAUGUUGUUUUGACCAACUUUGUGGCUGUGGUUACUAGUGAAACCCCAACCCUCGAGUGAAAGGACAGCGUAUUUACGUAGCACGCUCAAUAGCUAAAUUGAGUUACGAGCGGGAGAUUUUUGUUCAAGGAAAGCAAGAGAAACUGGUGACAUACCUCGCCUGUCCAUAAAAACAAAGAUGGCUAUGAGAAGCGAGGCCAGGGUAGAGGCAGAGGUAGAGGAGGAGAGCUUUGGACCACAGCCACUGAGCAGACUUGAGCAAUGUGGCAUCAGUGCCAGUGACCUAAAGAAACUGGAGGAUGCAGGAUUCCACACCAUUGAGGCAGUGGCCUAUGCCCCCAAGAAGGAGCUGCUCAACAUCAAGGGGAUCAGUGAGGCCAAAGCAGACAAAGUCCUGGCUGAAGCUGCCAAACUAGUGCCCAUGGGCUUCACCACAGCAACAGAGUUCCACCAACGCAGAGCUGAAAUCAUUCAGAUCUCCACUGGGUCCAAAGAGCUGGACAAGCUGUUACAGGGUGGGAUAGAGACGGGCUCCAUCACAGAGAUGUUUGGAGAGUUCCGAACAGGAAAGACGCAACUGUGCCACACCCUUGCAGUCAUCUGUCAGUUGCCCAUUGACCAGGGUGGUGGAGAGGGCAAAGCCAUGUACAUUGACACUGAGGGGACCUUCAGACCAGAGAGGUUACUGGCUGUAGCAGAGAGGUAUGGACUUGUUGGGAGUGACGUUCUGGACAACGUAGCCUACGCUAGGGCCUUUAACACAGACCACCAGACCCAGCUGCUUUACCAAGCCUCAGCCAUGAUGGCAGAGUCUAGGUAUGCCAUGCUGAUAGUGGACAGUGCCAUGGCCCUCUACAGGACAGACUACUCAGGGAGGGGAGAGCUCGCUGCACGGCAAGGCCACCUGGGACGCUUCCUGAGAAUGCUGCUGAGACUAGCAGAUGAAUUUGGCGUUGCCGUUGUGAUAACCAAUCAGGUGGUGGCCCAGGUAGACGGUGCUGCUAUGUUCUCUGCAGACCCUAAAAAACCCAUCGGGGGCAACAUCAUGGCACAUGCGUCCACUACACGACUGUACUUGAGGAAAGGCCGUGGGGAGACGAGGAUCUGCAAAAUCUAUGACUCACCCUGCCUCCCUGAGUCUGAAGCCAUGUUUGCCAUCAACGCAGACGGGGUGGGUGAUGCCAAGGACUGAGCUCAGUUGGAACUAUGCCAGGAGGUGAGAGCAUGGUUGCAUUUCAUGAGGCCAUGCCCCUCACCCGCCACUGUAGACUUAAACAAUGGCAGCUCUCUUGGGCUGUGUACACUUCCCUGAAGUAAGGGCUAAUAUGGGAGAUGCUGGCCAUAAUGGCUACUUUGCAUGGAGUGUUGCCCAUUGCCCAGAAGAACUCAGUGAUGCACAUGCUUAGGCCAACACUGUAUACAGAUCUGUGUGGCCCUACGAAGCUGAGAACCAGAGGGAGCUCAGCUUCACAUAAACGUGGAAUUUUUUUUUCACCAAGAUAAUACAAGAAUUAACUCCACUGGAGGAUAUAGACUUAUUAUUUAAGAAAUGUGUUGUAUUGUGACUUCGGUUUUUCAAGGAUGUCUGGUUUUCUACAAGUGUUCUUCUUUACAACCAUUGUUUGGAUUUGACAUUCCCACUGUAUAUCAGAUUUAUUCAAUGAUUAAGAGCAGAUGUUUGAGUAAACAUACCAGUACAGACCCCUUAACUCCAUUUUCCCCUAUCAUUACAGAACUGUACUUUCUGUAUAAGAUGCAUUGUAUUAAAACCAUUAGGAUACCCUGUC